AUGGCGCUGAAACUGUUUCUGAGGCGGGUGUUCUGUUCACUUUUUUCCCCUGCCGAGAACGUCGGUACCUAUGGCAACGGCGAAGAAACAAGAAACAAGAAACACAAGAAACACAAGAAACACAAGAAACACAAGAAACUCAAGAAACACAAGAAACACAAGAAACACAAGAAACACAAGAAACUCAAGAAACACAAGAAACACAAGAAACACAAGAAACACAAGAAACACAAGAAACACAAGAAACACAUAAAAACACAAGAAACACAAGAAACACAAGAAACACAAGAAACACAGAAACACAAGAAACACAAGAAACACAAGAAACACAAGAAACACAAGAAACACAAGAAACACAAGAAACACAAGAAACACAAGAAACACAAGAAACACAAGAAACACAAGAAACACAAGAAACACAAGAAACACAAGAAACACAAGAAACACAAGAAACACAAGAAACACAAGAAACACAAGAAACACAAGAAACACAAGAAACACAAGAAACACAAGAAACACAAGAAACACAAGAAACACAAGAAACACAAGAAACACAAGAAACACAAGAAACACAAGAAACACAAGAAACACAAGAAACACAAGAAACACAAGAAACACAAGAAACACAAGAAACACAAGAAACACAAGAAACACAAGAAACACAAGAAACACAAGAAACACAAGAAACACAAGAAACACAAGAAACACAAGAAACACAAGAAACACAAGAAACACAAGAAACACAAGAAACACAAAAAACAAGAAACACAAGAAACAAGAAAAAAAAACCGUUUGAUGAAACGGAAUUAUGGUCAAUGA